UCCAGAGCCCUAGGGCAGAUCCAGCCGUUGGCCAGGGCACUGCCUGCGGGCUGGGCGCACAACCCUGCCUCCCGCCCAAGCCACAGCGUCCCGGAGUCCGAGUCAGAGGACGUGUUGUCCUCCUGCCUCACUCCCUCCUAGUUGCCGCCUCCAGCGGAGCGGCCGCUCUGUGUCCCAACCCAGCGGCAGGGGACCACCUGCCUCUCCAACUGCGCCUUGGUGAGCCCUAGGCAGCCUCGCUCCGAACCGUCCGCGCUCGGGCACCCCGGGAGCCUGGCCUCGCCUCCUGGAGUCUGAGCAUCCCUCGACCACUGGGGGCAGGGACAGCGAGAGAGGGGCGGGCCGAGCAGGGGUGGCCUCGGAGCCCAGCUGCCUCUCCCAGCUUCUGCCCCUGCAGCGUGAGCGCGAGUCGUGCCAAAGCCUGGGGAAAAUCUUCAACAAGAGGAGAAAGAGAUAAGAAGCUCUGGGAGAAGCAUCCCGGUCCCUAGCCCUGGGAUGAAGAAAGCUGGCCCUUGACUGCAGGCGUCGGCAGGCCACAGGCUUAGCACGGAGCUGGGAUACCAUACCCCAAGGCUGCUGGCAGGGACCCUGACUCUUUAACGGAGAACUCAGCGUCAGCACAGAGGAGGACAUCGGUUGCACUGCUAUCACCCCGGGAGAAUUCCCAGCAGUGUCCCUCCCGCACCCCCUGACCACAUGGAGAUCACUGUGGGGGCCAUGGAUGAGAGCACCACCAAUUCCUCCGCCACCUUGCUUUCUGUGCUUGACUCUCGUGGGGCCCACACUGCUUCCCUGCCAUUCAACUUCAGCUACGGUGACUAUGACAUGCCCUUGGAUGAAGAGGAGGACGUGACCAAUUCCCGCACUUUCUUUGCUGCCAAGAUUGUCAUUGGUAUGGCCCUGGUGGGCAUCAUGCUGGUCUGUGGUGUGGGCAACUUCAUCUUUAUUGCUGCCCUGGCCCGCUAUAAGAAGCUACGCAACCUCACUAAUCUGCUCAUCGCCAAUCUGGCCAUCUCUGACUUCCUGGUGGCCAUUGUCUGUUGUCCCUUCGAGAUGGACUACUACGUGGUGCGCCAGCUCUCCUGGGAGCACGGCCACGUCCUGUGUGCCUCCGUCAACUACCUGCGCACUGUCUCCCUCUACGUUUCUACCAAUGCCCUGCUGGCCAUCGCCGUUGACAGGUAUCUGGCCAUCGUCCACCCGCUGAGACCGCGGAUGAAAUGUCAAACAGCCACUGGCCUGAUCGCCUUGGUGUGGGCAGUGUCCAUCCUCAUUGCCAUCCCCUCGGCCUACUUCACCACCGAAACCGUACUCAUCAUUGUCAAGACCCAGGAGAAGAUCUUCUGCGGCCAGAUCUGGCCAGUGGACCAGCAGCUCUACUACAAGUCCUAUUUCCUCUUCAUUUUCGGCAUCGAGUUCGUGGGUCCUGUGGUCACCAUGACCCUGUGCUACGCCAGGAUCUCCCGGGAGCUCUGGUUCAAGGAGGUCCCCGGGUUCCAGACGGAGCAGAUCCGCAAGCGGCUGCGCUGCCGCCGAAAGACGGUGCUGGUCCUCAUCGGCAUCCUCACGGCGUAUGUGCUGUGCUGGGCGCCCUUCUAUGGCUUCACCAUCGUGCGUGACUUCUUCCCUACCGUGUUCGUGAAGGAGAAACACUACCUCACCGCCUUCUACGUGGUCGAGUGCAUCGCCAUGAGCAACAGCAUGAUCAACACGCUGUGCUUCGUGACUGUCAAGAACAACACCAUCAAGUACUUCAAGAAGAUUAUCCUGCUUCACUGGAGGUCUUCUUACCUUGGGAGUAAAUCGAGUGCUGACCUGGACCUCAGAACCACUGGGAUGCCAGCCACGGAAGAGGUGGACUGCAUCAGACUAAAAUGAUCCUGCUGAGCUUGCAAAGUUGAACAGAAGACAAGAUGUGCUUGGUACAUGCUUCAACCAAGACCUCUUGGUUUUCAGCAGACAGUGUAAAUAGACAACCACAGAUUCAUUGUGUUCAGUGAGCUUGAAAUUUCUAAAACAGAUGAGACUAGACACUGUUACUAAUGGUCAUUAUUCACUGAAUGUAUAAUUUGUGCAAAGAGCAAGCACUGGUGAACCUUAGUAUGUUGGUGACAAUUUACAAAACAAAACAAGAAUUAAACCAAAUCAAAUGUAAAAUGCAAAGUUUGGAAUAAGCAGGUUUCUGCAAGGAGGCCAGGGUACUUUUCUUUGGAGUGUGAGGAUAUCUUUAGAUCAUCUCAGCUGUUCAUCACAUACUGAUCUUACUCAUUUCUGGGAGUGCCCUUAGGCUUGAGUCUACUCGUAACAUUUGCAAGGUUGGGAGCAAAAAGGGAAAAGAAGUUUUAAACUCUCUGGGAAGUCCUUUACUUCUUAUCAGUCUGAGCCACACUGUAUCAGCCUUGCAUGCAAGCCCAGGGACGUCCUAUGUGUUGUGACCAAGUCUGCACGCUGCAACACUUUCCUAUAGCCACACUCCUUUCCCCAAGCCCAAGCCCAAGCCCAGGACGCUACAUCUGUUGCAAGGCUUAGCAGGAGGAUGACUUAGAGAAGAAACCUCAAAAACCCUGAAGGCCAUUUGGACAGGAAUUAUAAAGUUCUGGGUUCCUAGGGAAAAGUCUGCAGAGGGGAAGCCUGGGCUCAGUGUGGGACUGUCUCCUUGGCUUCAUGAACUGUCACCCCAGAGGGAAGUCAGAAUCCACUGUGUGGAUUCAGGUUCUCUGGGUGUAAGACGGCAUUGCUUCACCUCUGUUAUUCUGGCGUGGACCAUUAGGUAGGCUUCCCUUUAAUUCCUUCACUUCCUUUUCAUGUCUUUAUGCUUUGGGGUGAGGAGGCUUUGAAGUAGCCCCCUGGAUGUGGCUGAGACAUUUUUUCACUCUCACUGGCUCUGAAGUAUGAGAGGAAGAGCUCCCUCCAAGCCAGCCAGGCUGAUAGGUACCCUCACUGCUCUGACCGGAGGGCAGGAUGUGUUUGCCACUGUGCCUGAAUCCCAUCCCAGUCAUGAUUCUUUUGGAUUGAGACUUACUGCUCUUAUAAGACGGAAGCACUCUCAGAAGGAACAGGCCAUUUCAUUUCUACUCCGCAGUGUGAAGUCCUGAGCUCUAGGCAGGGGAUGUCGCUCAGUGGUAGGACUCUGUGUAUCAGAAAGGAAGAAGAACAUGAGUUUCUGGGGGCAAGACCAAUAGUGAGCUGUGGUGACCCCACUGGUUUACUGACCGCUCAUCCCACUUUUUAUACUGGCCUCUCAUCUGGUGUUUUGAAUUUGGGAUUUUACACCAGGAGACCUAAAAUCCAGCCCUGGCUUUUCUCUGUGUGGCCCUUGGAAAACUUCUCUGAGACAAAGCUAAUAAUUCCCAUGGUAUUUACUGUCAGGAGAGCUGUAGAAGCCAAUUAACUAAUAUGUGAGAAAAAUGCUUUCAAUCACAGAAGUAGUCAAGAGGAUGUAUGAACAACUGUAGUGUGCCUGGACAAAGACCUACUUACUUCCUUGGCUUCAGUAGCCAAAAAACUUGCCAUCACCUCCUUUUAGCUUUCAUUCUGUGAAUUAUGUUCCCUUACCUCUCUUAGCAGUAUGUUCGCUUUAUGUUCCCAAUGACGUGUGGUACAAAGGAGGCUGUGAAAUUUGAUGACAGAGUGGGACGGACAUGGCAGGUGAAUCUCCCAUCAGCCAAUGAGUCAAGGUUUUGAAAAUGCCAGCAUCAGAGCAUCUUAAAGUACUGACCACCUUCCUCUGUGCAUCCCAGUCAGUAAGAAUCUGAGCAAAAUAAUAGUGUGUCCCAGUCCGCUUUUAUCCCAGUAAACAUGGAGAGCUACGGAGUGACUUGCCCCUUCUUAUUUAAUUCAAGAACAGGACAUUUAUAAGGCUAAAUGAUCACUGUGUAAUAUUUACUCUCCAAAUAUAGCCAACUCUGUGCGUUUGACAUUAAAGUUUAUUUUUGUUGUUUGUAUCCCUAGAAACCACAUUUUCAAAAACUUACAUAUUUUUUCCUAUUUGUUUUUGUUACACAGAAGACUUAUAGUUUAUUUAAAAUUGUCUGAAAGAAUAAAAGUAAAUUAAAGUAUUAACCUAAAACAAACACUGGAGAGCAAUUCUCAUUUUUUAAAAUACAAUUGUAUGUUAUGUCCUGAAAUCACUUGUUAGUUUUUGGAUUAAAAUUAAGACAGUUAUACAAUUUAUUGGGAUUGUAUUUACCAUUUCCACGAACAUUGCUAAACAAGUGUGAUUGUUAGUUUUUUUUGUACAUGACAAUCAAAUUUCAUCUUGCUUUUUUGCCUAAAACAUAUGUAUUUUUACUUGUUUAAUUAUCUGUAAUUUCUAUAUACUGUCUGCUUGUGGUUUUAUAGUAAACAAAGCUGUGUUGCCAUCAAGUAAAUAAAAGUAGAUGUAUACA